AUGCCUGACUGGUUAUUGGAGCUGUAGUAUCAUAAGGUGAAGUGAAGCUCAAAGGUUUGUUUUAUUACCAAGAGUGCCGUUGCUCUGCUUAAAUCACAAAUUGAGUAACUUUUGGCCAGAGCUGAUCAUUAACUUUACUCCCAGCUUCUCUCUGCGGUGCUCUUGUACCUUAAAGGAACAUCUUUUUCUUGAAUGCGUUGAAUGAAACUGACAUUUUAAUGUAGUUGUCUUUAUUCUGGUGGUUUGUGGUGGAACUAUAAGGGAGUCUGAUCUUGAGUGAGCACCUGAAGGCAGCAGCAGCUCUGAUCCGCCCCCACCGCCGCCGAACAGGAGCCGUGAAGAAGCAGUGGAGCGACGGACAGUGGGCUGAAGUUUGUCCGCCCUGGCUUCCCAUCACGACUCCACGGCUCUUUUGUCUCUGCGGCGAACGAACAUCGCCGCUUCGGCUUGAAACUCAACCGUUGAAAAAAACGGCGUCGGGGACAGUUUGUUUAUUUUUUUUCCUUUGGACGCGUUUUUACAAACACAGCAGAGGAAGGGAGGGAAAGUGCGACUCCGCAGUUGACACUGAGCUGUCAUGUUGGUACUUGUUGAAUAGAAACAACAGAGCAGCCUGUGUGUGGGCAGCGUGCUGGGAACAGGGUCUUCUGUGUCGCCAUGAGGCAGUGACAGCACUGGGGCAGCGAUGGCAGAGCUGGAGAUUGACCAGUCCAACCUUCCACGCGUCCAAGAAGUGUGCCAGUGUUUUGCUGUGCUGGAGGAUGGAGUGUUGGCACACAACCUACAGGAGCAGGAGAUCGAGCAAUACUAUACCACCAACAUCCAGAAGAAUCAGCUAGUACAGAAUGACAUCCGUGUAGCGAAGAAGCUGCAGGAUGAGGAGGAGGAGCAGCGGGCCCAGCAGAGCGCCUGCCUCAGACAGGCCUCCAGACAGCUAGAGGAGCAGGACUUUGAGUAUGCCCGAGUGAUUCAAGAAGAACUCCAGCGAUGCGCUGAGGAGACCCAGAGGAGGGAGCAGGAUGAUGAGGAAAUAGCCAAGCGGAUGCAGGAAGAAGAGGAGCAGAGGGUCAGGAGGAGGAGCAGGGGGCAGGAAGACCAUCAUGAAGGCAGCACCAGCAACCCUGCACUGCUAUCCUCACACCAGCAUGCACUCAGCAGCCUUCACCAAGGGGAGGAGCAGUACUCAUCUACCACCACCAGGUGGCAGUGUUCCACCUCUCAUAACCACUCCGACUUAUCUGGGCCUCAGACUGACUCCCUCAGGGGGGUAGCAGCCCAGAAAACCACUACUUCAUGGUCAAAUCAAGGACAAGCAGAUUUCAUUAGGCAAAUCAGGAGUGAAUUGAGGGAGCCUUUGAGUGAAAAUUCAGAGGACUCAGACUCAGAUUUCUCUGAGGAGCUCUCUGCCCGUUUCCAGAGAAUGAAUGAAAGACUCAAUACAGCUCCUACUCGACAGCGGGCAUCUUUACAUCAGCCACAAGACAGAAAUUACAGAAGUCUUUGCUCUCACAGCAGCUUCCCAAAUGAGUUCAGAGGCUGGAAGGAGGGGAGAGAAGAGAGGAAUGAGGACGAUUGUGAUUAUUGGGAUGAACCAAGGAGGAGGCCAAGGAAUCAGGAUCAGGAGAGUAACCACAGAGAGGAGUAUGAGGGUUGGCACAGGAGUAGAGAUCAGGAUACAGACUCUAGGUCAUUUGAGGUUAGAGAUAGGCGAUGUAGUCGAAGUGAAUCUGUCAGGUUGCAUGACAGGAGCAGACACAGCAACAGAGACUUAGCAAGGACCUGGAGCUGCAAGGACAACCCUGACAAACAUGUCCGUUUUCGUGAAGGCACCAGGACCUCUUACAGGCAGCAGAACGAAAGCAGCCAAGUGUGGGAGAUGCUGGGCCGUGUCCUCAAAGAGAGGGGUGUGCCGGUGAGAUUUGGUGGCGGUGGGGUGCCACUGCAAAUAAGGCCUCAAAGCAGAGACAGCCAGGUGCUUCACGGGAGUGAGGUCUCCUACAGUGACUCCCAACCACAUCAGAGAGCCUUCCAGAGAGCUGCCACCACCAGGCACAGUUUCCAUGGAGAUAUCAGGGAGAGGAGGAGAUCGUCAUGCCGAGAGAACAGUGGGAGAGAUCACAGGGAAGACCAAGACAGGCACCAUGAUAAUGGAGAGGUUUAUGAGAUUAGCAGUAGAGACCCAUUUCUUGCUAACAGAGAGCGUCGAGGUAGCGGAAGGUGGACAGAGCCCAGAUACACAAAUCGUGACGAGAGAGGAGAGAGGAAUGCAAAUGACUACAGAAUCAGAAGGACAACAAGUGAUCACAGGCAUUGGCACAAGACGGCAGAAGAAAGGUUUCGCUCAGAGGAGGAGCAGGAGGUGGAGAGGAGAGAAGAGCGACCCCAUCGAAGAGCCCUGCAGCAUAGCCAAAGCUUCAGCAGCAGGGGUUCAACCAGGGAUAGGUCAAUGCACAUGGCAGCAGGAGCGUCGCUGCAACCAGAGCCGAGCGAGACAAGCCUGGAUCUGGGGGAUCUGCAGCAGGUCUUACAAGAUGAAGAGCUGGCCCGCAAGCUGCAGGAGGAAGAGGAGAAGCUGUUGAGGAGGAACGCCCAGCCAUCUCCAUGUUUUUAUCCAGAAGGAGACUUCAGAGUAGCACAAGUGGCGCAGGAUGAGGAAAUUGCACAUUUUAUGCAGAAGCAGGAAAUUAAGUCCAAGCGUAGGUCUCGUGAGCUGGAAGGGCCGGCAUCGUGGCGCGAGCACAGAGCGAUGAUCAGCCAUCAUGACAGACGAGCUGCGAGAGAAAGACAGGUCCAAAGAGAGAGACUUGACUCAGAGGGUCUUCCUUCCCCCACAGAGGACUGCUCUCCAGAGAACCAGCCUCCCAGCCCCGUCUCCACUCUACCACAAGCCCAACAGAUCAGAAACAUUGCAGAGGAGUUAGACCCAACCUUCCAGGCCAGGAGACAAAGCACAGACAGCCUCCGAGUGGGACAAACAGGUCCAGCUUCUCAGUCACUUCCCGCAUCGCAUUCUUGCGCUCAUGAUUUCCUCGAAGAGCCCUCUUUCAUCCCACCAACAAAACGGCACACGGACAAAUCAGGACGGAGUAAACCCAAAGAGAAAAGGGAGAAUUGCAAGCAGCAGUAAUCUCCAACACGGUGUUCUGUUGGAGAGCAUAUGUAUUUUAAAACACUAAAUAUCAGUUCAGUUAGAGUUCUCACAGCUUAUUAAUUUAAGGUUGGAAUUGACAGGAUUUACAUUCUACCAGCUGCCCUUACAAGCACUUUAGACCAGUGGAACAAAGAGACAUUUUAGGAUAUUGCUUCAUUUUGACAGCGUUUUUGGGGCUCAAGCCUUUCUGAUUAUCAAAGGGAACAUUUGGUUUUAUUGAAGUAUUCUUUCAGUGUAGAAUGUUUAAUUUAAUCAGUAUACCUUUGUUGUUGUUGUUGUUUUUUACAGUACUUGUAACUUUUGUCUUUAUUUACGUAGUCGACCAGCAUACUACCAGCGUCCAAAAAUGUCUGCAUGCCCCAAGUUUUGCUUGAAUUUUAUUUCUGCAACAGUGGAAGUGCUGAAGUGGUCUACGGAAUACUGAUUUAGUAUCACUUCAGCUUUGGUCAAAUGUGGUGUAAUAUUUAGAUUUAGAACCUCGGGUGGGACAAAAGCCACAUUUGAGUUUUCCAAGAAGACAAAACGAGAAGUCCAAGUUUGGUCAAGUUUGUCAGAGUUCAUCAAUCAAGUUUACAGUUGUACAGAGACAAUCAAAUGACCAUAUUUAACCUUUAAUAAAUGGCAGUGACAUUUAUUAAUGGAACUACAUUAAAUUUACCAUGGCAGUAUGGUAAACUGAUGUGUCAUCUCUAGAUAUAAAUACAUUUAAUUCAAGUGAGAAAGUUCAUUCUUGAUCGUUGACGGUAUAUUUACCAAAAUAAUCUGCGCUUCAGUGUCCAUUACUGGCUACUAUUAGCUUUGGAGGUUCCAACUACAUUUCUUAGUUGCUGAGAUCUGACGCCAAAGACCAUCUUUAAACUAAGGCUUGUAUAUUUUGCAAGGAGAGUUUUUACCAGUCCAAAACCAUACCAGCCAAAAUCAUUCCAAUAAGUUAAGUAUUAAGUUAUCCUUAAUACUGAAUAGUAAUCUGACAGCAGUGAUUGGUUUAGAUAUUUAUGCACAUAUUAUCACUCUGAUUUAGUUCAUUUUUUUUAUUUUAUUACUUCCACAUUUAUAACACUUUUGUUUUUUUAUAUGCAAUAUCCCAAUGUGUAGUUAAACCACUAUGAAUGCAACAAUGGUUUACAAAAAUGCAACAAAUAAACAAAAAUAUGUAUUUUUUAUUGUGGCUGUUUAAAAAAAGUCAUAAAAGUACAGUGUAAGACAAUGCUUUCAGUAUAGUCACCUUCAAUAUCCACGAUUAACGAUACAUUUUAUUAAAAUCAAUCAGGCUAAAAGAAAACAAGAUAGAAAGUUCAAACAGGAAGUGCAUGGUAUUUAUCAGGUGCCAGUUGCCUGGUGAAAUAAAGUGCUACAUUUGUGGUAAAAUGUUACUGUGUAACUACAGUGUGCCUGUAUUGCGAUAACCCUUCUUAAGGCAACACCUGUGAACUUUCAACAGACUUUACUUUGCUAUGACUCAUAUGUACUGAUACAUUACUAUAAAUGUGGGUUCACAUUGUCACCGUAAACCCACACAGCAUAUUUCUCAAAAGUUCCAUUUCAGAAGAAAUGUGUCUGUUACAGUUACAAAAUGAAAUACAUUAAAAAAAAAAAAACUCCAUUUGGUCUGCUCUUGCUGCCCACUCCACUGCACUAAGAGAUAAAUAAAAGUAACAGAGAAUACAACACUGUUGGGGGGGUUUUCCACACGACCUUUGAGUCUCACUUUGAUUUUGUGUGUCGCCAGUUGCGUAUCAUAUUUAUCCUUAGGAUUUCCAAUGUGACACACUGAACAGGAAUCUGGACAAUCUUGUCAGUGCAUGAUUAAUGACUAGCUGAUAUAUUAUCUGAACAAAAAUUCCUCUUAGAGUACCCACUGCUGGCACUGGUGCUCAAAGAAGCAUGUCUCAGCUUGCUCAAUGAUUAAUGUGGAGUCUUUCCCUGUCUCUGUGUCUCACAACCUUUCCGUGUAAAUCCUCACUGUUUUUAUUAGCCUGUAGGCUCCCUAGAGCUGUAACAUUUAUUGUAGGAUUGCCAAUUGAUGGAGGGAAUCUCCCUUCACUGGACUUUUUCAUGACCAACUAGGCAAAUGCAGGAAACUCCAUGUAGUUCCUGUUAAUGUUAAGUAGAGUAGAAAAGGUUGUACUACCUUCACUGUAAUAGUAAUCAAAGCUAUCAUUUUCACAAUUUGCUACAACAGUUAAAACCCAUUCAUAGUUAAAUAAUACGCACAUACAAAUACAUUUCCCAAUGAGAAAAUGAUAAAAGAUCAAAAUCCUUAUUUAGACAGCGCAGUAUCUUUAGUUGCUGCAACAUAACAAAAGUCACACACUUAGAAAUACAGCAGUAAACAGAAGUUACCUCUAGUUGGUCACUGGAACCUUUCUUAAAGUAAAAUAUCUAUUUUGGGAGACACGUGGGCUCAGAAGUAGAUCAGACUAAAAACUCUCUGCUGACUGACCUUUUUACACACCCGGAUGAACACCCACCUGCACUGUACUUUCACACUGAGCACCACUAAGCUUUACCGCUCACAUAUGCAAAUAUCAGAGCAUGAAAGUCAUUCACAAUGUUUCAGGCUACAGUAUUAUGUCACAGUAUAUCACACAAGUCCAAAAAAAGUUUCAGAGUAAUUUAAAAGUGAAAAAAUGUUACAUAUCUUAAACGUGAGGUAUGUUGUUUUCCCAUUAAAUGACAAACUUGAUCUAAAGAUUUUAGGCUUUCCAUUGUAAAUGCAAGACUGCUUUAUCUUUCAAGGUGAACUGAAAGGGGGAAAAACACAGCCUCACCACGUGCUGUUAUUUCAAUGAUGUAAAAAAAAUAAUAGUAAUUAAGUCCACCUCGUCUUUUCCCCCCUGAGAAUUCCCCUUUGCACAUUACACCAUCAAAGGCUCACUGUAAUUGUAUCCUGGUGUAAUUGCUGAGCAAAAUGUUACCUCCACCCUGAUCUAUCAAGAUUUUUAAGUCAGUCUCAUGAAACAAACAAAAAUCAAUCAGCUGGUGGAACACAGUGUCCUAUUUGUCACUUAGAAUCAAACCAGUUUGUUCUACAAAGACAUCCUUCAACUUGUGGCUCAGUAUCACAAAGAAGAAUCCCAUUUUUUUUAAGAUAUCAGACUUCACACCUCAACAAACAGUGCAUUGUGGCUCUCCAGCUUCUUCUAUUCAUGCAAUGAGCUGCUGCGAGGACUCCUUGGAGUUGAGGGACUCAGUGCUGCUGCCCUGUUCUUGCUGAGCCUCAUGGAAACUGCACUCUAUUGCAAUUAAUGUCCUGGGAUCAUCUAAAGGAGAAAAGGGUGGAAAGUAACACAAAUAGAUUGUUUCUCACUGUAUUUAUAAUUGGCGUGACAAAUACAGUAUGUAAUAAUUAUGAUUCAGGCAUUGUGGUCAGAUAAAUCUAUAAGUAAAAUUAAAGUUACCUGUAGGGGUUCUGAUUAUGGGUGUUUUUGUGACUGGUUUGGCUGGCUUCUUUCCUCUCUUGAGGAUUUUCAUUGUCACAGUGAUGAUGAUGAUGAUGAUAAAGGCCAUCAAAACUGCGCUGGUCAACACAGAUAGCACCACUGGCCACAGCUGUUCUGUGUCAUCUGUUUGAAAACAGCAUGAAAUUACAUUUUAAUCACUUUGAUUAACUGAAUGAAAAUGAAAUUAAAUGAAAGACUAAAGGACCUAGACACUCAAAGAUCAGAAUCAUUUCCUACCAGGUUUCUUUGUGUGUGAGGGAACUGAAGCAUUAACACACUUAAUGUCAGUAAAUGCAUCUCCCUUUUCCAUCCUCUGAUCUCGUCUGGGACACCUUUAGAAAUAAUGGGAGGAACAGAGGAAUUCCACUGACUUUUCUGGGUUUUCAAGAAAUUUGUGAGUACAGCAACAUGCAAACAUGUCUGCAAUGGCAGGAAAAGUCUUCAGAGAAGGUUAUAUCUUACUUGGUACUCCAGGGUUUACACUUGGAGUGAGUUUUGUCAUUGAAGAAUCCAUCUGGACAUGGUCUACAAGAACCUGUGCAGAGAGUCAUUUAGUUGACUUAGUGAUUACAUGCAGUGUGUGCCAGAACAAUGCUGACUUGUAGUUUUGCUUACGAUCAGGUGUAGGUUCUUGGCCUUUGCCACACGUCUCCACACAGAAGGAACAUUCGGAGUUCCCACAGGUGAAUCCUUCUUUACAGCCACAUACUGUAUCACUUGCGGCUGUGCAGUCUUUUAAAUGGACUUGAACUCCUGAACAUACAAAGAGAUAGAAUAGAGAAUGGUGUCUUUACAGAUUUAAAGAUGAGUUCAGAUUUUAAUGCACUAUUAAGGAAAUGCUUGAUGUAGUUCUAAGACUUAAACAGCAGCUGACAUACCUACACACUUUGUGCACGGCUUACACCUGUCUUUGAAUUCCAAUAUGAAUUUCCCGGGUGCACAAGGUGUACAAAGUUCCUUUGGGUCUUUACCACAUUUGGUGUAGAUGCGGUUCCCUACAAACAUGCACACAGAACAGACACCAGCAGCUUCACUGUAAAUGCUUGUCAGGACAGCAGGAGCGAAAUUCAGAGACAUUACCUACAGCAGUCAUGUAACAGGUCCUAAUUUGUGAUACAACACAGGAGAGUACUUAGAAGCAGUAAUUUCCUCAUUCUAGCAGUCACAGCUAUCAAAAAAUACUGUUUUUUGAAUCUCAAGUAAAAGACUGCCAUGCCAACUCCAAACUAUUGGAUAUAUGAGCAGCAUCCUCUAUUCCUUUGUUGUGGGAUUAGGUGAGAAACCACUGAAACUAUAUUUGGUUGCGUGUAACCACCACAGAGGAACUCCCUAAAGAAUGGAAUAGGAUUUUUUUACGUCCACUGAUAGCAGAUGGGUUUAAGAAUAAUGUUAGCAGAGAGGGCAUUUCUUCAUCCCUUCACAUACGAUAUAUAAUGUACAGUAUACUGUAAGAAUAGUUUAAGUACAGUGUUGUACUUAACCAAUGAGAUGUAUCUGAAAUCCCCUUUCUUUAUAUACAUAUAUACACAUAUCUGUGUUUGGAAAAACACAACACUAUGAUAAUUCUUGUCUUCAUUAUUUACCUGGAUGACAUUCAUUGCAGCAGACGUCCUCUUUUCCAUCUGGUGUCCACCGGCGGCAGCCAACCUCAAUCUGCCCAAUGCUGCAUAGGCAGCCGUGGAGAAGCAGAGAGAGACUCAUCACCCACAGGAUCAGUGCCAUUCUGUUGUCAGCUUUCCACUCUUGUAGGUAAGGAUGAUACAGCCACUUCAAGACAGAUGUCAGGUAAUCCGGACCAAGAAAUAUCCAAGAAAUAUCAGUGUUCUUUUGUCUCACAAAGCAAUUUAUCUAAAUCUGUAGCUUUAGUCUUUUAAAUCCUCAAUGUUCUUCUUGACCUAAAGCACUGAUCUGAGGUCUAAUGUGAAAUGAAGAAAUCUCUCUGUGCUGUGACCUUAACACUCAACAAAUAACUCACCUCAUAGCUAGCUGGGCGGGCUUUUCAUAGGCUGGGGGGUGUGUCUUCACAGUUACACACACACACACACACACACACACACACACACACACACACACACACACACACACACACACACACACACACACACACACACACACACGCCUAAUCAUCAGUCCAGUGUUUUGAAUAAACAAAAAAUUUAACUCAUGACCUGCCAAACUAUAAAACUUUAACCCUGACAAAUGAAGUUUGUAGCUUGUUUGCAUUUAAUUUUAGUCAUUUUUAAUAGAGAUGGGAUUUAAUUCCUUCAGUGAAAAUCAGCUUACAACAAGAGAUUUGAAAAUAUAAAAUUGUGUAGUAGCUGAUUGCAAGAAGGAAAAAAAGAAAAUAGAAGCUGCUGUGCCAGAAGUGGGAAUAACCUAGGUCAUUACCAGUAGCAGCAGCAUUACUUUAGAGUAGCGUACUUGUUGUUUUGGAGUGCAUUUAAAAAGUGAGUUAUACAUAUUACUUUUACAGUUCAUUAUUGAAGCAUUUGCCUCAACUUGUUUUGGAAAGCUGAAAAUGAAACUAGCCAACCGUUUUGUUAUUGUACAGCCACAAUAAGAGCUUUUCAUGGUUAUUGCAUCUUGUGAAACAGGAAUUUAGUGGUGCUUACAAUAAAAAUUUGAGUGCAACAUCUAUACUUGUUUGUACUUGUACUAGUUUAUUGUAUAUGGUUAAAUAAAUAUAAGCUUGAGAUAAUGGGA